CUGCCCAGAGGCGCGUUUCGUUCAGAUUCAGAUCCUGAUUACCUGGCCGAGAGGCACCAUGGUAACGGCGGUAACGGCGGUCAGUUCGGUGCCGGCUGCGUUUGACUCAGUGUAACGCGCGAACGCACUCUACCGCUAACCGGUCGCGGUGCACAUGGCAGCCGACGUGUCACCGGCUACAGGGAAAACGACUGAAACGGAUACGCUUCUGACUGGUGGUAACUUUUUUUUAUCUCUACGAACUUGCGAGCGCGGAACGGCAUUAUGCAACAAGUUUCAAACUUUGCCGCACUAAGGCAAAACCCUUGUUUCUGAGGUAAGAAUGCCGUUUCGUCUGCGAUACACACACUAUUGCGGAUAAUGUUUGACGCAACGACAAAAGCGCGGUCGUCUUACUCAACCCCGGAUGAGUCUUCUUGGUAGACCGCUCAACUACAGAGCUUCACGACGGGAUGCUCGCUAUCGUCGCAUUCAAAGCCGGGUCUAUAACUUCUUGGAAAGGCCUAGGGGGGUUGCUAUCUUCUACCAUAUGAUAGUAUUUUUGAUGGUUUUUACAUGUUUAACUCUGAGUGUUUUUUCAACGAUUGAAACUUAUGAAGAUAUGACAGUGCAAGUUUUAACAUAUAUGGAGUCGUUCGUAGUAGUCUGGUUUGCCGUUGAAUUCAGCUUGAGGCUUUGGUCUUCGGGAUGUCGUUCCCGCUACCAAGGGUAUAUUGGCCGCCUUAAAUUUCUUAGACGUCCAUUCUGUAUUAUAGAUGUUAUAACCAUUGUGGCUUCCGUUGUUGUAUUAGUCAUGCGAUCACGAGGACAAGUUUUAGCCACUAGUGCCCUUCGAGGUCUGCGUUUUUUUCAAAUUUUACGAAUGGUACGAAUGGAUCGCCGCGGAGGCACAUGGAAACUAUUAGGAUCAGUAGUGUACGCGCACAGACAAGAGCUUAUUACAACGUUGUAUAUUGGAUUUUUGGGCUUAAUUUUUGCGUCGUUUUUAGUAUUUCUGGCAGAGAAAGAUGUAAAUAAAAAUUUUUCAAACUUUGCCCAAGCUUUGUGGUGGGGUGUCAUCACGUUAUGUACGGUUGGUUACGGCGACAUGGUCCCUGAAACUUGGCAAGGCAAAAUUAUAGCUUCUUUUUGUGCACUCCUCGGUAUAUCAUUCUUCGCACUGCCUGCUGGUAUUUUAGGAUCAGGUUUCGCUUUAAAAGUCCAACAGCAACAAAGGCAAAAGCAUAUGAUUAGGAGAAGGCAACCAGCAGCGAUGCUUAUUCAAUCGCUUUGGCGAUGUUACGCGGCAGACGAACACUCGUUGUCUGUUGCCACUUGGAAAAUACAUCAAGUCCCCUUGCCAAGUCCACCUUCACGAGUGUCGAGCAGUUUUAAACAUAACGCAUCGUUCGUGAGCCGAUUGCCAACAAUCCGUCGUCAUAAAAGUACUUCGCUUCAUUCGCCAUCAAUGCACAAAGGGCCACCGAGAAGUGGUAGAAGUUUUGUCGACAUAAACGCGUCGGCGGAAAAUUUAGGCGGCGUCAGUAACAACGGGACGCGGAAUUUGAACGCCAGCCAUAGCGAGGACUCGGUCGCAGAAACGAUGCUAUCGAAAAAAAAUUCAGAUGAUGAAGAUGAGGAGCCGCGAUACAUACAGCUGACGAAUCAGCAUAAGGGUGCUAUCCGAGCUAUUCGUAAGCUCAAGUAUUUUGUGGCACGAAAGAAGUUUAGAGAGGCCUUGAAGCCGUAUGACGUUAAAGAUGUUAUUGAACAGUACUCUUCUGGGCAUGCAGAUCUUUUGAAUAGAGUGCGAAACUUACAGUUCAGAUUAGAUCAGAUCCUAGGAAAACAAGGUUCGAAAGCAAAAGAUGUCUAUGCUUCCAAAAUCAGCCUAGCUUCUAGAAUAGUCAAAGUAGAAAGACAAGUAGACGAUAUAGAGUCUAAGAUAGAUCAGCUUUUGGAACUUUACAUGGAAGACCGGAAACGACUUCUUGCUCUUCCUUUCGUGCAACAAUCCGUCGAUAACAUGCCUCCGACGUCGAGUAUUUCGAAUCCAUCGUGCGCGGUCCUCAAACCCAAGCCAAUCCUCGUCGACAAACAAUCCUCGGAACCCAGCUCGCCCAUAACGAAAAGCUUCAAAGAGCCCCCGCAAGCCCCAGUUAUCAGAAGGCCGAUGCAUCGCGGGUUCUCCGAUCUAGGAAAUCGCAUAAAGAAAAGGGUAACGUUGAGUUCAAUUUCGUCGAAUUACGUGUGUCCGUCGGAUAGCAUGCCUUACGACGGUGAAGUGGUUAUCGUUGUUCCUGCCCUCAACCCGCCGCCGCCGCCCCCUUCCAGUGGUGGAGAACCAUCUGCAACGACCAGUGGCGCAAUUUGCAUGGCGGAAAUCCAAACACAAGAGCGAGAAUUGGGCAGUCCGCGGACGGCGACGGAAAGUUCGGAGAAGGACACGCUACUAACCAAGGAAUACCUGGAAGAUACGGAAGAUCAGGAUACUACAGAAACAACGUUACUGUGUCCUAUAAAAUCCUCAGAAAUACUCAUCACACCAAUGACAUUAGGAACCUCAAGAGAUGUUUUUAGUGAAAACAUAGGCCUAACACAGUCACAAACCGAACAAAAAUUUAUGAAAGACAAUGUAUGAUACAACUUACAAAUCAUGUACCUACUUAUAUUGAACGUUAAGUUUUUAAAAUAUUGUAAAAUAAUUUGCAUUUAGAACGUUUUAAAUAAAUAAAAAAAAAUAUUAGAAAAGUAAAUUUUAAAAAAUACGAAUAUUUUUAACAUGUACUGAACUUAGGGCACAAUAAUGACGCUUACUAAUGAUAAAAAAUCAAAUUCAUAACAUUUUAAAACUUCUUCAUCGGCGAGUGAAAGUUUGCUGUAGUAUCUUGUCUUAUCAAAUACUUUGGAAUUGUGUUUUAAUAAAUAUAAAAUUAUUUGCAUAGGAAACUUUUCACAUUUCGAUUCUACAUUGUACAGCGAAUUAGGCUGUUUUAAAUAUGCUUACAAUUAUUGCUUAUAGAAUGAUUAGAUUUUUACGAACUCUCUUUAAAUAGUGAAUUUUAGCAGCACGUCGUAUAAACAACGACCAAGUAUGACCUAAUUGAGUUUACAGCGUGUCAAUUAAAUCAUAAACUAAAACUUUUUGUUUAAUUCAAGCUACUGUAAACGUGCUGGUGAAAUUCACGCAUAAUAAUAUAUCGUUUUAACUUUGAUAUUCAACUGAGUUUUAUACUGUGAUUCGUUACUAAUUAAAUAUCUUAAUGUAGAAUUUAGUUACGUCAGUUUUUUUACAUUAUUCCAUUUCUCACUAAACCAUAACAUUUGUUA